AUGGAAAAUGGCGGCUUUUUUGAUUCGGAAAAUGAAAGCACUUCUGAUUUCGAUGGCUUUACCAACGAUGAUCUACCUGAUGAAACGUUUGAUUUAGAUGAAAGAUAUAAUAGUUCUGAUGUGGAUCUGAGCAGCGAUAGUGAUGAUUUACCUCUGUCACGGCUUCGAAAUGGACACAAUCGUGAAAAUGGCAAUGAAGAAAUCGAACCAGAAACCCCAAAUCGAACUACAUCGUGGAGUCCAGUCCUGACUGAUAUACAAGUAGAUGCGUUUGUGCAACCUGUCGGUGCUGUAAAUAUUCUUGGAAAUGAUGCAAAAGAAAUAGAUUUUUUUGAACAAAUUUUCCCCGACGAGUCGUAUGUGAAAAUCGCCCAAGAGACUAACAGGUAUGCACAAUCAAGAAUCGAACAAAAUGGCGACGACCCAAAAUGGUUUGCAACAAAUGCGGAUGAAAUUCGAGCAUUCAUUGGAUUCAACAUUCUUAUGGGAAUUGUGAUUGCACCCACUCAGGACAUGUAUUUUUCGAUGGAUGCAUUUUUUCGACCAACAGGUAUGUCUGAUCGUAUUACGCGUGACCGCUUUGACAAGCUUUGUCAGUAUUUUCACGUUUGUGAUAUUUCAACAAAUCCUGACCGCGGACAACCUGGACAUGAUAAACUGGCUCAUGUUCGUCCAUUUUUAGAAGCUAUUCGUGUCCAGUGUAGAACACAGUAUUCGCCCCACUGUGAGACAUCAAUAGACGAAGCCAUGGUGGCCUAUACUGGUCGUUUGUCAAUCAAACAGUACCUCCCCAUGAAACCAACAAAACGUGGCAUAAAAAUAUGGGCAAGAGCAGAUCCCCACAAUGGUUUUUUGAACGACUUUCAAGUCUAUACAGGCAAAGUCAACAAUGUUGUUGAAACUGGCCUUGGUGAACGGGUUGUGAAAGACUUGACGAGAGACAUAUGGGGAAAAAAUCACCGUGUCUACUGUGACAAUUAUUUCACUUCUGUGCCACUGUUUCAAGAACUUCUUGACAAUAAAACGUAUGCUUGUGGUACAGUACGAACCAACCGAAAGUAUUUGCCAGCCAGUGUAACCCAAGCGAAGUUGAAACAUCAGGGUGAAAUGGUCAUCGAACAAAAGGAAGGAAGCAUGAUAGCUGUGGCAUGGCACGACAAGCGGACAGUGAACAUCCUAUCCACUUUGUCAAAUCCGCUGGAACGAACGACUGUGAAACGGAAAAAGAAAGACGGCACACAGGUGGAUGUUCCCUGUCCCCAGGCAGUCAAAUCCUACACAGCAUACAUGAAUGGAGUGGAUAGAGCAGAUCAGUUGCGGUCAUCAUACUCAGUUUCACGAAGGGCAGCCAAGUGGUGGAAAUAUUUGUUUUGGUUUUUGAUCGACAUUUCAAUCAUAAAUGCAUUCAUCAUGAUGAAAGAAUCGGCCAAUCACAUCAUGACUUCCAAGACAGGAAGGAAGAAGGAAAGAUGCCAGCUGGAAUUCCGACAAAACUUGACCAAACAACUAGUUGGAACAUACUGGCACAAGAGGAAGCGAGAGAGCAUACAGAAGAAAGCCACAGAUGGACUUUUACACUGGCCAGUGGUUCUUGGCAAAAAAAGAACAUGCAAACAGUGUACCCUUCAGGGCGUUAGACGUGAACCCACCUCAGGCUGUGAACAGUGUAAUGUUAACCUGUGUGUGGGUUGUUUCAAGCCUUACCACAAGGCAAAGUUUCCUGCCUUGUUUCAGUAG